CCUGUUCCUGUCUCUUGCUCGUCGCUGCGUCGUCGCUGCCCACCCGCGACACUGUUGUGUCUUCCUCGCCUUCCUUAUACUCCCGCCUGUCUACACCGCCUGUCCACUCAACCACCCACCCCCCUCCGACUCCCAUAAGAACCCCCUCCCAUCUCAAUCCUCUCUUCUCUUCUUCACACUCACCUGUUCAUUCCUUUCUCCACUUCUUCGCUUGUGCAUCACUACCUCUUCGUGCCCCCCCCCUCUCUCCUUUGUGCCUCCACCGUCACCCCCAACUAUAGUACCCGACAAAACUUGCUCGCCAUGAGGGGUGUUCUCGUCUUCCUCGCCGCGGUCCUCACCGCCGCCAACGUCGCUCUCGCACAGAGUUCGACCUUUGUUGGCUGCUACCUCCUCUCAGUCGGCCUCUCAUUCACCUUCUCGUCCAACCAGCCGAGCCCGGCAGCCUGCCGUACGUACUGCUUCGGCCAGAACAACCUCUACGCCUUCUACUCGUCGCAGCCCGCCCCCAUUGUUCAGUCGACCUGCUACUGCUCGGCCCUUCAGAUCACCUCUCUCGGUCUUAGCCCUACGACUGGUUCCCAGACGGCCUGCAGUGGACUUUCUACCUACGCCAUGUACGACCUUAGGACUACUUUCGUCAACGCCGGCUGCUCGAACGGCGGCACCGUGACCCUCAACCCGGCCGACUCUGGUGCUCCCACCACCUCGUCGGGAAGUCUGCAGUCAUGCUUCUCGUUCUGUGCCAACUACCUCUACACUCUCGCCACCCCCGGCACUCUUCUCACCGGCCUCCUCGGCAUUUGGAGCUGCCGGUGCCUCAACAACCCACCGACCAUGACCCAGGGAACUACGUGCACUGCAGGCGACCCAUACCUCUACAGCCACCCCCUGUCUGCCACCGGCCAAGCUCGUCGUCGUCUGAUCCAGGACAAGAGGAACCACCAGCAGCUCAUGGCCGCCAACCCCUACUGCCCUCCUGGUAGCGCCGCCUGCAACGUCUCGCCCGACCCCGCCAACGGCUACGAGUGCAUCAACGUUUACACCGAGCUCGAGUCGUGCGGCGGCUGCAGGUACGGUCACUACGGUAUCAACGGAACCGGCACUAUCGGAGUCGACUGCACCACCGUUCCUGGUGUCGACCGCCACGCCGUGGGAUGCUUCCGCGGCGAGUGCACCGCUGUCCGCUGCCGCAAAGGCUACACGCUGGAGAACGGCGCGUGCAUCCGCACUCUGUCGCUUGAGGCAUAACUCCUUCCUUCUCUCCCCUCCUCCUAAUCAUGCCUCUUCUCCAAGCCCCUUGCAUUAUUCUCUCUCUCCACCCACGCCGCCACUCCGCUCUAUAUUUGCGCCGCCGCGUGCCCCCUUAGACACACUGAGGACGUCUUUCAUGUUUGGGUACUCUAGUUUUACGGUACCGUAGCUUGUGUUAUGUUAAUGGACAGUGACUUGAAUA